AGACUGAAUUUAAUGUAUAUUCUUUUCUGUAUUUUUCAGGCUCUGUAACACAUCAACCAAAAUGGUAAAGAUCUUCAUUGGUAACCUGCCUCAGCAGGCAGAAGUAGAAGAAAUAAAGUCUCUGUUUACGCAAUAUGGAAACGUCACAGAGUGCGCCAUCAUCAAGAACUUUGCCUUCGUUCACAUGGAUGAUCGCAAAAGUGCAACAAAAGCCAUCCGAAACCUGCAUUUGUACAAGCUGCAUGGAACACCCAUCAAUGUUGAAGCAAGUCGUGGCAAGAGCCAGGGCCCAGUGAAGCUUCAUGUGGCCAAUGUGGAGAAGGGAUCCAAUGAAGAGCUCCAAGCAUUGUUCGAGGAGUAUGGUACUGUUAGUGAAUGCGCGAUCAUCAAGAACUUCGCCUUUGUGCACAUGUGCAAUUCUGAUGAGGCCAUGGAUGCCAUCAAGGGCUUGGACAAUACAGAGUUUCAAGGCAAAAGAAUUCAUGUGCAGAUUUCAAAGAGUCGACCAAGAGGGGAUGAAGACGAAGGCUUCGGCCCCCCAGACCGAGGAUAUUGGCCACCCCGUUUCCCUGGUGAUCGUCCCGAGCCACCUGGUCCUCCUAGAGGUCGCUUUGGCUAUCCCCCUGGCCCCCCUCCACCACCACCACCACCCCCCAGACGCCCCCCAUACCCAGAGCGUGCAGCACCUGCAUAUGAUCGUGAUGGCUAUGGUGUGGUCGACUAUUAUGAGAAGUAUCGUGCUCGCCCUUAUGGCGCAUCCUCAUAUGAGGAACGACGUCCUAGUGGCAUGCCCCCUCCGCCCCCCUCAAACGCCGUUAUGAGAGAGCGAAUGGGCGGCAAUGGCCUUGACCCCUAUGAGCGACGCCCCCUCCCACCCCCUCCAUCCUCAUUCUUUGCCCGGGACCGCAGUCCUAUCAGACGUGCUCCUCCUGCCCCUCCAGCACCCGCAGGCGACGGUUACUCGUACGAGCGCUCGCGUCUCUCCCCUCUCUCCAUGUCUCGGAACCCGAUGUACAGCAUGCCUCGACCCAGAGACCCCUAUGCUGAGAGGGCGCCGCCUCCACCUCCUGCGCGUUACGCGUAUUAAAGUGAAUUCCUGCGCUUUUGUAACCCAAGGUGUAAAUUAUUCCAGAUCGUCGUCGUCUCCAGGUGCCCGUGAUGCGAUGCGUCGUUGUCUGCCAGAGCGCGUUUCGUUCGCCUGCGCACCAUAGUGGAAGAAUUGUCGCGGACUGCACAUUCUAUAAAACAAACGCUUUUACACGCAUAAAAUUCAUUCUCAUGCUAAAUUGUUAAUUCUGCAUUUCUUUUUGUUCUGCUUGUGUUUUAGUUUUUGAAAGGUAAAGAUUACACAAAAAAUAGGUUAACUUGGUGGUUUGGUCAAACCUGUUAAAGGAACGUAUACAAAAAUUUCUUUCAACUAAAAUUUCUGUGUUACUCUGUAUGUUUUUUUUUUUUAUAUAUAUAUAUAUAUGCUUUUAAGCAUAUCGUUUGUUAUUAAACUGUAACGAGCGCUACAAAUAAUUUGAUUUGGUACAAAGCCCACAAUACAUUGUAUUGUUUUUAUUAGGCCUUUGUUGAAGCCUGAAAUGAGCAGAUACACGUGCGCCAUGCAAGUAUAAAUAUCUCCGCUGCAAUAAAACUUUUAGUUUACUGGCUUUUGUGGAAUUGUGUUUUAGUUUGGAUUUUAAUGGCAGAGUCUAGUGAUUCAAGAACUGUGUACCGUUUUUCUUUCAUAAAAACACUUGAUUAAAACCUUUUAAUAAAGACUGGAACUUG